AUGAACGAUCCAGCAGGCGACGUUUCCGCAAAAGAGAUUUCACACAUCCCUGCUCCAGGCGAUCAGUGCGACUUAUGCGAAGCCGGCGACAUUCGCGAGCUGUGCGACGCCGUUCUCCCACCGGCGACAGCAGGGUGUGAGGGUACAGCGACAGGAGCGGAAUCCGAGCAGAGAGUGGGUGAUGGGGAUAGGUGGGGAGAAUGCGGUGAGGCGGAAGAAGCGCGCGCACAGCGGGGGAGGAACCCCACCCCCGAGGCGGUCGACGUUGCAGCAGGAAUGAGCCCCGGCGAAGUCUUUGCGCGGACUCUGAAGCUAGAGGCGGAAGAAGCGUGCGCGCAGCGGCGGCGGAGCCCCACCCCCGAGGGAGUCUCCGCGCGGACUCCGAAGCUAGAGGCGGAAGAAGCGUGCGCGCAGCGGAGGCGGAGCCCCACCCCCGAGGCGAUCGAUAUGAUGAGCCUGCUGCAGGGGCUCAGCGACGGGGAGGAGGAGGCGGAGGAGGGAGCGGAGGCGGACGGGGAGGGGGAGGAAGACGCUGAGGGUGGAAGAGAAGCGGAGGGGGAGAGGGAGGAGGCGGGAGAAGAGGCGGAUGGGGAGGAGGGUGAGGGGGAAGAACGCGACAGGCAAGGGGGUGAGGUGGGAGAGGAAACAGACGGGGAGGAGGGUGAGGCGGGCGGAGUGGUGGACUGGCAGGGGGACGGCGAAAAGGAGGGGGAAGAGCGAGCAGCCGUGCGGCAGCAGCAGGGGCAUGGAGGGAGUGAAGCAGACCAGUCCCACUUGCUGCCCCUGCUGUCCCCACAUUCUCCGCAGUCCCAGCAUUCUCCUCAAUCCCAACAUUCUCCGCAACCCCAGCAGCUUUCACAGCCUCAGCUACAGGAGCAAACUCAAGAGCCGGAACGAACUCAGGAGCUGCAGCAACGUCAAGAUUCGCAGCGUUGUCAAACGGAGCCCGAGUUGGGUGCUGAUAAUGGCCACGACGAGCAGGUGCUGUUAGCUCCUCGUGCGGUUGAGUACGGUGGGGAGGGUGUGGCAGCCGUGGAAUGGAAUGCUGUUGGUCACCAAUGCGGUGUAGAAGAUGGUGGCACUGUAGUGGCUGUAACGGAGUGUAACACUGUGACGGAGUGUAGCACGGGGAAGAAGAGGGGAGGAAGCGGAAGCGGGAGAGGUGGUGGGGAAGGGGGGUGGAGAGGAGGCGGGGAAGAGUUAUGGCUGGACGAUGAAUGUUUGGAGGAGUUGGGUGCGGUGGAGGUGUGUUUGGAGGAGAGCGUUCAGUCGAACGAUGUGGAGGUGGAGGGGAUGGGGGGGAGGGGCGGGGGAGGAGAGGGGGGGAGCGCGGUGGAGUGGGGAGGCGGGGGCGAGGGGGAUGAGGUUGACGGGGGGACGAGUGGGGAGAGCCUUUUGAAGGGCACGAGAGGGGAGGAAGUGAAGAAGGGAGAGGAGGGAGAGGAGGGGGAGGAGGGAGAGGAGGGGGAGGAGGGAGGGGAGGGAGAGGAGGGAGAGGAGAGAGAGGAGGGAGGGGAGGGAGAGGAGGGAGAGAAGGGAGAGGAGGGAGAGGAGAGGGGGGAGCGAAAUGCGCGUUUGGGGGAUCUAGAGGAUGGUGAGGGAGUGGAUGAUGGGAAGGGUGUGGCGGAGGAAAGGGGAGUGGUGGAUGGGGAAGGGGUAAAAGAUAAGGAGGGAGCUGAUGGCCGGGAGGGGUUGGAAGAUGAAGAUGGGAAGGGACCGGAGGAUGGGGAGGAGAUGAGGGAUGUUGAUAAGAUUGGAGGGAAGAACGAGGAGGGAGAGGAUUGGGGAAACUGGGAGGGUGGGAGAAUUUGGGUUGACAGAGAGGAAGGUGAGGAGAGGGCGAGAGACAGACGGAUGGACGACGAGGGAGGGUUGGGAGAUGCGAGGAGGGAAGAAAAGGAGGUCGAAGGUGGUGAGGCGGGAGGAGAGGGGAGUCAGAAAGCAGGGGAGGCUGACGCAGAUGGGGCAGGGGGGCAGACGAGGAGGAGAGAAGAACAAGGGGGUGAAGCAGAAGGGACAGGAGGCGAGGCGAGGAGGGAGGAUCAGGGGCGGGGCGGAGGUGGGAAGGGGCGGUACUGGGGGCUGGUGAGCGUCGGUGUGCUGGCGUGGUUGAGAGAGGAGGGGACGGAGGAGGGGAGGGGGGAAGUGAGGGAAGAAGUGAGACAGGAAAUGAGGGAGGAAGAGAGGGAGGAGAGGGUGGAGAGGGAGGAGAGGGAGGAGAGGGAGGAGAGGGAGGAGAGGGAGGAGAGGGAGGAGAGGGAGGAGAGGGAGGAGAGGGAGGAGAGGGAGGAGAGGGAGGAGAAGGAGGAGAGGGAGGCGGAGCACGUAACAGGUGCAGGGGGACUGGAGGAGGAUGAAGACUUGGUGGAGGAUGGGGAGGUGAGAGGGGUGACUCCCCUCAUGGCAGGCAGCAGCAGCGCCAUGGCUGCAGAGUACGAGCAGCACGUGCGGAGGGACGAAGAUUCGGGCGCUUUGGAAUCCCUCCUGGCGGAAAGCAGAGCGGUGGUAACGCGUGGAGGGUGGGAAGAGGACGAGGAGGGAGGGCGUGGGUUAAGCCCUCUCCUGGCGAGCAGCAGAAUAGCCAUGAGCAGAAUGGAAGAGGCGUGGAGGGAAGGCGUGGGGGAGAGGAGUACCGGGAGUGUGGUUGUGAUUAGAAUGGAGGCGGACGGGAAGGAGGAGGAAGAAGAGGAGGGUUCAGGGGUGGUGUCCAUGCUUUGUGCGGAAGGGAAUGGGAUGGAGGAAGGAGGUGGGAGCAAAGAAGGGGUUGAGGGAGGAGAGAGAGGCGAGAGGGCUGGGGAAGGAGAAGGGGGUUUGUUGUCUGGGAGUAAACCAGACGUGAUUUCAGAGUUAGCUCAGAAGUCAUUAGAGGCCAAGGGAAGAGAGGCGGCUAAAAGGGCUGGCAAGCGAAAAGGGGAUGAAUCAGCUGGGAGUAGAGCAAAGCAGGGCAGAGGUGCUGCAGAGGAAUGGGUUGGGCGGGGUGAGAAAGCCGUUGUUACUGUUACUCGGGCUGCUGGUUCCGAAGGGGAGCAGAGAGAGGGAGAGCAGGGAGAGCAGGGAGAGCAGAGAGAGCAGGGAGAGCAGAGAGAGCAGAGAGAGCGGUUCGUGUUUGAUCCAGACUUACUCGCCUCCAUGGAGGACGUCUUUAAUCGACAUAGUGCUGCUGACUGGAGCAAGGUCACCCCGCCCACCAGCCCUGAGAAAGGCGAACACGCAAAGGAGGAAGCUGCUGGUGCAGGUGGUGGGGGUGGGCAGGAGGUGGGAGGAGGUGACGAGCAGGGCGGUUCAAGAUCAGCGCGGCUGGUCGCUGGGUUAGGAGAAGCGGCAGGUGGUGGGAGAAAAGAUUCGCUGCUUUCAGAAGUGGGGCUGCCUCAGGUGCCUCAUGAUCCAGCAGCACAAGUGCUGUUAUCCCCAGGUGAUUCUUCAGGUGCAGCAGAGAGUGUGUUGGUUUCACAGAUGUCUGAGGGUCAGGUCAGAACGGACAGGCCAUAUACCUCAGGAGUUAUUCCAGGUGCAGAGGGGCUGCAGCUGAGAGGUGAUCUGAACCUAGAGAAUGUACCGAGCCUAGGGAAGGUGCCGAGCCUAGAGAAGGUGCCGAGCCUAGAGAAGGUGCCGAACCUAAAGAGAGUCCUGAGUGUCGAGAACGAGGAUGCAGCAAACCUGCCAACCUGUGAGACUGUGUCGAGUGCACAGGAAAUGCCGCGCCUACAGGAGGUGCCGAGCCUACAGGAGGUGCCGAGCCUACAAGAGGUGCCGAGCCUACAAGAGGUGCCGAGCCCAGACGAGUCUAUGAGUCCGAAGCUGCCCCCAAGCCCAAGGGGUGGGGUGACCAACUAUACAAGCCCCUAUAAGCUCACAAGCCCUUACAGUCACAGCAGUUCGUUUAAGCAUGGCAGCCCUUGCAAGCACGGGAGCCCUUACCAGCGCAGCCACCCGUACAAGCACAGGCGCCUAAAGUCAGACAUGUCUGCAAGCCCAGCAAGCCCAAGCACCCUAGCACCGAUGCAAGCACAAGCACCAGUGCACAGUAGCCCUCACACGCACGAAAGCCCUUACCAGCGCCACCCAUACAAGCACAGGCGCCUAAAGUCAGACAUGCCUGCAAGCCCAGCAAGCCCAAGCACCCAGAGUAACAGUCAUCAUACUCAAGGUAGUCCUGGCCGGCUGCUUUUCCUCUCUAUAAGCAGCCUCCGUUUCUCUGCUGGCGCUGCUUCUGGCUCUCGUACCAGCGCUGUUACUGGUGGUGAGAGGGACGGCGGCUCUGGUUGCAGUGGCGGCUAUGCCACUGCUGCUGGUGCUGGUGUCGGUGCUGCUGGUGCUGCUGUUGGCGGUGCCAGCUGGCGGAUUGGCGUGAACAGUGCUUCUCUGCGCCGACUCCUCUCCUCUGCUGCUUUGAAUGGCGAUGAGGGGAGGGGAAAAGAGCAAAAGGCUGAAUUGGAUAGUGUUGGGCGGAAUGCGGAAGCGAUUGGGGGAGAGGUGGGUGCAGUGAGGGCAGAAGAGGAGGGAGAAGCAGCGACGCGUGAGGCAGCAGUAGCAGUAGCGAUGAAGACAUGCUGCGAGGGCUUCCCAUGGGUGAUGCUCCAUGCUAAUCGGCCACUCCUCCCUCUCCCUGCCGCACCGCACAGCCUUGGGGGCGCUGCUGCUGUGCUGCGCGUGGGGGAGAAGGGGCUGCUUGCUUCUGCCUUGGGGCGACUUUUCCAGCCGCCUAAAGACCCUUGA